CUGGACCGGAAGUGUUGUUGUAGUGCGGUAAGUGUUGUAGCUGGACCAUCGUGCGGUUAGUUUAUGUAGAUGCCAGAAGAAUGAAUUAAUACAAUUAAUACAUAAUAAGCAUAUAUUUUUUUUAUUAAAUCGUAAGAGCAAAUAUGGCGGCGAAACGCAAAGCUGAUUUAUCGGUGCCUGCAGAGGAAAGUGAUCAGCUCCUCAUCAGACCUCUGUGAGUUUAUACAUUCAACACUUUGUUAGCUGGCUGGCUGGCUAGCUAGCUAAUUUAGCCAGUCUGACUAGCAAAAACAUUACGACUGACGCCUGUCUACCUAGUUAGAUAAAUUAUUAAUUUGUUGAAUGUUACCUAGUACUAGUUAUUUUCCAAAGAUGUUACCGUGUUUUACCUGGUAUAUGCAUAGCUAGCUACAUGGUCUUAGAUGGUCUUUUGAAGUAGCGACCGUAGCUAUGCAUUACAUUCAGUCACGCAGAUGCAUUUUGCUGACAAAAUAUUGUCAUAAUGCGUAAGACUUUUCUGAAUCUGCCAGAACGUCACUGUGUCACAAAUAUCAUCAUCAGACAGUGAUUGGCGUCUCUUUCCCUCUCACAGUGGAGCUGGACAGGAGGUGGGAAGGUCAUGCAUCAUUCUGGAGUUCAAGGGACGGAAAAUCAUGGUAAUAUUACAUGCACUGUGCUGUCCCUGUUGAAUUUACAAUGCAUUAUGGAUUGUAUGAGACAUUCCAAAAUAGAAGUAACCUGAUGAUUGAGUACAACAACCGUUUUCCUUUGUAGCUGGACUGUGGAAUCCACCCAGGAUUGGAGGGAAUGGAUGCUCUUCCCUAUAUUGACUUGAUCGAUCCGGCUGAGAUAGACCUGCUUCUUAUCAGCCAGUGAGUAUUCCUAAUCUCUUGUCUGGGUUCUGUUUAUUAGGGUCAAGUUAAACUGUAGCAAAACUUUUCGCAACCUAAAACAAAAACAAGUGUUUCUUAUAUGGACAAGUUCAGAAAUACCUUUCUGUUUCUGAGAGUUUUCCUACGUUUUGUGCCUUAUAAGCACAACCCUGUUAUAUGUUGCCCCAGGUCAGGUGUAUUAACACACUGAAGACUGAGUGUUCAGUUUUAUAAUGCACCAUAUAUUUAGUUCUCUAUAAUCUCCUCUCUCUAUCUCAGUUUCCACUUGGACCACUGUGGAGCCUUGCCUUGGUUUCUCCAGAAGACCAGUUUCAAAGGAAGGACCUUCAUGACCCAUGCCACCAAAGCCAUCUACCGCUGGCUGCUGUCAGAUUAUGUCAAAGUCAGGUAGACAAACGUUUAUUAACUUCCAAUAGCAGCCUGACUUACUUAACUUCAGCCUUUGGCUCCUAUAAGGAACAUAGGCCAUUGACGAAUGUCUUACUCGGUUAGGGGGAAAUAGCAGCGUACUCUACUGUUUCUUUCUUGAUAGAGUAGUUGCAAAAUGUAUUGCCCUGAAGACAUGGCUGUAGACUCCUAUGUCGACUCCUUUGGCAUCUAACUGUUAGACGUCAUAAGUCUACACAGCCGUGUCUUCAGGGCAAAAAAAUACAGAAUUCUGCAAUGUAGAGUCAUUGUAGAGAUGCCAUCAUCCAUUAUGGAUGAUUCGGGUUCACAUUGUGCCCAUGACUGUCUCUGUGUUUUCCCUCCCAGUAACAUCUCAGCCGACGACAUGCUGUACACAGAGACAGACUUGGAGGAGAGCAUGGACAAGAUCGAGACCAUCAACUUCCAUGAGGUGAAGGAGGUGGCCGGCAUCAAGUUCUGGUGUUACCAUGCCGGUCACGUCCUGGGGGCAGCCAUGUUCAUGAUCGAGAUAGCUGGGGUGAAGGUGACUACAUUUACAUUACUUUUACAUUGAUUACUGGGACAGAAAAGCAACUACAUCUUAUUAAUCUUCUUCUUUGUGAAAGGGCCAUCAGAAAAGGUUCUUAUUAUUAAUGGCACAUGAUUUCUCAGAAAUUCUGUUCUCUCCCAUUUUAUUUUAUUUGAAUAUCUUGUCAUCUGCACCUUGUUUUUGUAGAGUUUCGUCAACAUCUCCCCAAAGCAUCACCUAUACAGAUUGUAUUGUUUAUUCUGGCCAGAAGGUGGCACCCAUAUGCUGGACAAAUGUUACUGUACAAUUACAUGAGGAAAUUAUUAUUUGAAACAGAAAUACAUUUUGUCUAUACACUUUGCUGCUGUCUCUUAAAAUAGUCGGUUUUAACUCAACUGUCUCCUGUUAUCGUUGUUUCUCUGGGUGUGUCUCUGUCCAUAGAUCCUGUACACAGGUGACUUUUCCCGACAGGAGGACAGACAUCUGAUGGCAGCAGAGAUCCCCAGCGUCAAGCCUGACAUCCUCAUUACUGUGAGUCCCUGCUAACAGUAACAUACAACACUAAACACAACUACAAUCAAUCAGACUAUCAAAUUCAUUUAAAUCAGCAGUCGUCACAUGGUGCUUUACGGCAACCCAGCCUAACCACAACCACAAAAAAGCAGCGUACUUCACUUUGAUUCUCGUGUGAUCUUGUUUUCCUAACAUGAUGAUUUGAUGUGUACUGCUCUCUGUCCUCAGGAGUCCACGUAUGGAACACACAUCCACGAGAAGAGGGAGGAGCGGGAGGCCCGGUUCUGCAACACAAUCCAUGACAUCGUCAACAGAGAGGGCCGCUGUCUCAUCCCCGUGUUCGCCUUGGGCCGAGCCCAGGAACUGCUGCUCAUCCUGGGUGAGAUUCUCCAACCAGUUCCCCCUUCAGCCUGCUUAUAGAGCAGGGAUCUUUCUCUAGUCACCCUCAUUCAUGGAAGUGUUCAUUAGGAACCAAACGUCACCUGGCCUUCUGUUGCGUGUUCUAAUGAACACAACCCUUCUCUAAUGUGUGUGUGUGCAUGUGCCUCUAAUGUGUGUGUUUCAGACGAGUACUGGCAGAACCACCCGGAGCUCCAUGACAUUCCCAUCUACUACGCGUCGUCUCUGGCCAAGAAGUGCAUGGCCGUCUACCAGACCUACGUCAACGCUAUGAACGACAAGAUCCGAAAGGCCAUUAACGUCAACAACCCCUUCGUCUUCAAGCACAUCAGCAACCUCAAGGUAGGUAACAUUAAUCAGAUGAAGGUUUGGUAGUGGCAUUUUUCAAUACGAUUUUUUUAUAUUUAUUAGGCACCAAAAAGUAGAAAACAGGCUGAAACAGGGAGGGACUACCUGAACUUGUCCAAUAAGAAACACUCCUUUUAAUUUCCUUUGUAAAAAGUUUUUCUACAGUGUACUCUAAUGAAUAUGACCCUGCUGUGUCUCUCGGUCCAUGCUAACUCUGCUGUACCUCUCUCAACCAGAGCAUGGAUCACUUUGAUGACAUCGGGCCCAGUGUGGUGAUGGCUUCUCCGGGUAUGAUGCAGAGUGGUCUGUCCAGAGAGCUAUUUGAGAGCUGGUGCACCGAUAAGAGGAACGGCGUCAUCAUCGCCGGCUACUCCGUGGAGGGUACCCUCGCCAAGGUGGGGCUCGGUCUUCAACCCUUCUUAAGACAUUUCUCAGUCACACUAACUCAUCACAACAGAAGUAAUCCUACAGUGUGGUAUUAUUGCAAGCCAAGCUUUGUUGUGAUGAAAUAUUUUUUAUUAUCAUCAAAUGACAGAUAAACAGAAAAGUCAUUUCCAGCCAUGCUAAGAUUCAUUACUCUGUUUGUGAACGGACUGUUCCUCUGUGACUCUAUCCUCAGCACAUCAUGUCAGAGCCAGAGGAGAUCACCACCAUGUCAGGCCAGAAGCUGCAGCUGAAGAUGUCUGUGGACUACAUCUCCUUCUCAGCCCACACUGACUACCAGCAGACCAGCGAGUUCAUCAGGGCUCUCAAACCCCCUCAUGUGGUAAAUAGACACACUCCGUCGGCCAUUAAAUGGGUCAGAUCCUAUCUUACAGGCCGUAAUCAAAUGGUAAAUGUGAACGGGACACUGUUCUACAAAGGAAGUGUGCUUGGGCCUCUCUUUUUUUUUUUCCUGUUAUACGUCAAUGACUUGAGUCUGUUCGUGUGACCUUUUCCUUGAUCCCUCUGCAGAUCCUGGUGCACGGGGAGCAGAAUGAGAUGGCCCGUCUCAAAGCUGCUCUGAUCAGAGAGUACGAGGACAAUGAUGAGGUCCACAUCGAGGUGCACAACCCCCGAAACACUGAGGCCGUCACACUCAACUUCAGAGGAGAGAAGCUGGCUAAGGUGAGCCCGUCGUCUUCUCUCUCUUUAGCGGUCUCCUACUGUAAUAUAAUUUAUUGGGAGAAUUAGACUGAAUUGAGUUACAGACAGUAAAUAUUGAUGAUAUUCUAUGGCCCAUCAACGUAUCCAUUGCCAUCAAGUCGAAUGGAAGUGUGUACAACUGAGGCAGUUUGUGUCUUACAAACACUUGGUGUGUCUCUGUGUGCUUGUGUGUGUGUAUACUGACUCUUUCUAUUCUGUGCUGUAGGUGAUGGGCUCCCUGGCUGAUCAGAAGUGUCAGCAGGGCCAGAGGGUGUCUGGGAUCCUGGUCAAACGCAACUUCAGCUACCACAUCCUCACCCCCUCAGAUCUGUCCAGUCAGUACUGAUUCACUAUCUGACUGUGUGUCAACGUGUGUGUGUGUCUAUACAUAUAUGUGCGUCCGUGAGUGUGUACUAGUGUGUAUGAACUCUUCUCUCCUUUCUCCGUCUCCAGACUAUACAGACCUGGCCAUGAGCACAGUGAAGCAGACCCAGGCCAUUCCCUUCACUGGACCCAUCUCUCUGCUGGCCAGCCAUCUACGCAACCUGGCAGGUGGGUUUCUACUGAACUCCUCUCACCUUGUUGGAGAUUAAGGCACACUGGUCAAUCAAUUAACAACAACUGCUGAUUGAAUCAGAAUCGGACAAAUGUGGAAUCAGACAAAAUAUCACUCAAGAAAUGGCAACCAACAGACGAGCGGGGAACACCUAGCUAACUCCGUUUUUUGUUGGUGUUAUUAAGAGUUUUUUUUGUGGGACUGUGCCAGUGACUUUACAGUAGUGGUUACAUUGGGCCAUUUUCAAAGACACUGUAAAGCUGUCACUUAUAACCAGGUUCUGGCGUUUUUCUCGGUUUGUCUGACUAUAUAAACCUGCUUGUCUUUUAGGGGAUGUGGAGGAGGUGGAGUCUGCAGAUAAAAUCACACUCAGGAUCUUCAAGAAUGUCACGCUGGUGCACGAGGCUGGCAUGGUGGUUUUAGAGGUGAGAUACUGAAUAUGAAGAAGAAAUCCCGGUAGGAAGAGUCCCAGAAUCAGAAGGGAAUAAGCAGGAAAUCUGAAAUCCUCCAAUCAGGAUUUCUGGAAAACCUGGGAAUUUUGGGAAAGUUACUAUAGGAAAGUGUGUGAACAUUGGCUAACUGGUUUUGUAUUGGUGCAGUGGAUCGCCAACCCUCUGAAUGACAUGUAUGCUGAUGCGGUCACCACAGUGGUUCUGGAGGUCCAGUCUAACCCUAAAGCACAGAAAGGUCAGUGAAGGAAGGGUGGUCCAACGUUAUCUCUAUCAUGGACUGACGAAGAAAUCUGAAAACUAAAGUCUGUUUUCAAAUGUAUGUUCUCAUGUAGUAUAUAGUGUCCCUUGCUGAUGUUCAUUUCUUCAUCUAUAGUUAUGGAACACAAGAAAGAAGGUGUAGAACUGGAUGUUUUUCAGCAGAGGCUGGAGAUUAUGCUUCAGUAAGUUCCACCCCCUAUUAACGUUUUUUAUAUUCACACGUGUCAUGAGUCAACAGAGAUGUUGUGAAUAUGUAUCAACAUAACUGAUAUCAAAUAUCUCAGCGCUUAUAUCUUUCCCUCAACAGUGACAUGUUUGGGGAGGACUGUGUGGACUUCAAGGACAAUAAGAACCUGACAGUAACAGUGGACGGGAAUACUGCCUUCAUCUGCCCAGAGACCAGAGUGAGGAUUUAGUAGCUCUGUCUGCAAGUGUCUGUCUAUGAGUGUGUGUUCUCCUCUGACCUGGUUCUCCCCUGUCUGUCUGUUGUGCAGACGGUGCAGUAUGAGGAGGGCAGUGCUGAAGAUGAGACCCUGAGAGAGAUGGUGGAGCUGGCUGUGCAGAGGCUCUAUGAUGCUCUCAACCCUGCAAUCUGAGGAGAGCCAUCCACCUCUCUUCUCUCCCCAGGCAGCCAGUGAGCCCCUGUCCCAGAAGCAGUAGGCACGGCCCAACACACCCCUUUUCCCAAACAGCAUCACCCAGAGGCACUUGCCCACUUUCCUUUACUGGCAGUGCAGCACUGAUAUGGUCUAUUCAAUGUGUAUUUGAAGGGUUUUCCAUGUAUUAUGAAUAGAUAUUUGUAUGUUAGCUGGGCAAUGAAUACAGUGGAUAUUUUCUACAUGUUCUUGCAUUGUAAUGGUUCAAAGUAUCAAUGUAAUGUCUUAACAUUGCCCCCUCCAUUUCAUUCCUCUGUCAUUCUAGCUGCCUUAUCACAUAAAGGAAGAAUCUGUGUUUGGAAAAGUGUAGAUUCCACAGGAAUCAGCCUCCAUUGACUUAUGUUGAAUUAUCAAUGUGUAGAUUUUAUUUCUGCAAUAUGCAUUGCAUUGAUAAAUUAUCAAUUUGUUUAAAAAAAAAAAGUAAUAAAGGACUAUGCUGGCCACAUUUCUAUGAACUUUAUUAAUAUUGCAGGUUUAUAAAGUAGUUAAUUAUUUCUGUGAAGCAAAGCUGUAAAUGUAUGAAAUAUUGAGAAGUGCAACAAUGUGAGCAAUUUAAUAAAACGGUUAACUGCCAAUGUUAAACAAAGGUAAGUAAUAGUGUUCUGAGUGAUGUCUCUGACAUUAUUUAAUAUAUAGUCACUGUAACCCCUGAAGAUGACCUACCUGAGAUAUGAUACAAGUUAAUCACACAUCCAGAUAUAAAAUACUCGUAGGAAGCUGUUGAGGCAUUCUUUCAUCCAGAUCAAAGAAGAGGAAAUAAUGUUUCAUAUGUGAGGGCAUAAAACAGAUAAAGAAAUUCCUAAAUAUGGGAGGGAUUUACAAUGUGAACACGAUAAAAGCAUAACACGUCGGUGAGAUCAUGUCUGGCAGGAGUUCACAAUGAAACAGAAAAUAUCAGACAAUCGGUCAAAUAACGGUAGCUAAUACAUUUUCAUACAGUGGAUGAGAAACCGUUGAGAUUGUACGAUAGUGGCCAAAGCCCAAAUUGAGCGAUUAUAUUCUAUAAAUGGCUUGUGUGAGGCUAGAAAUAUAGAAAUCUUGCUGAUUGUCACAAUUGUCAUAUGAAUGCAUACAAAUGGUAUCAAAAACACUUUCAGCAAUUAAGUGUUGAGUAACAAUUAGUAAUUUGUCAAUCUUGCAUAUCAGACAACUCUAAUGAUUAGAUUUCUCUCAAUGCAUAAGACACCAUACAGGUCUGGUUUGACAAAUGACCUAAUAACAUUCAGGAUUUAUAGUGUAGUAAUACCAUGAAGAAUGAUAGAGGCCUAUAGUGGCCAAAAGGCCAUAUGAGCAGCGCCAUUGAGGGCUUCCACC